AUGGAGCCCGUCCGACUGAAUGUUAAGCACCGUGAUCAGGAGGAACCGGUACAGAAUAUCGGGGGAGAUGGUGAUACUCAAAAAGACGACUGGUCUCAUGUGUGCUCGAGGAAUACCUCGAUCGAGCCAGGCGACGACCACAGUACGGGUGGCGGUGGUGGUGGCAGUAGCAGUGACAGCUUCGAGAACUCUGAUCGUAACAUGCAGAUCGAUCAUGUUACUUCGAGUGAAACAGACCUUGUUGGUGUUGGUCUAUGUUUGCCUCGUUCACCGGUCGACGGAGGGCUUGAAGGAAGCCCACAGGCUUCUUUGUCCUUCGGAACACAGUCAAGCAAUAACUCGGGGGGAAAUGGGCCAGGACAGCCAAACAUCCCUGAGGGGCAACCAGAACGACGGCCCACGGGCCACGACACCAGAGCCCCCAAGCGGAAAGCACCAACGGAGCCUGCAGGCCCAUCUUCAAAAUCACCUAAAAGGGCUUGUCAUCGCAAAUGA